CAAUUGUUAUCGCAGCUUGUAAUAUAAUAAUUAUAAGUAAUAAGUGAAAAUGUUUCGAGUGUUGUGGCUGUUGGGAUGGAACGGAAGCCGAGGUCGAAGAUAUCGAAGCAAUCAAAGAAGUACACAUUUAUAUCUAAACAACAUAAUGUUUGGACAACAAGAUUGCGUACACGUGCAACAGAAUAUAAGCAGCAAAACAUUAAAAAUUCAAAGGGACCGAGAUGGGAGGUUGUUAACGAAGGGGAAGGUUCUUUCGGAAGUUCCGUUGACCAACUUUAAAUGAAAGUGAAUAUCUUAACGCAUAAAUUUCAUAAACUAACUUCUUAUAAACACCUUUUUCUUGAGUUAACGAUUUCUAAAAAAUCUCUUUCACAAAUCAUUGAAUUUUGUAGACUACAAA